AAAAAAAUCCCCAAAAAUAAGAAAUCGAGCGAGAAAAGCAAACCAAAGUACCAAACCCUCGCUCAGAGACUCUUGAAAAGGAGGAGCCAAAAUGGUCGAUAACAAAGAAAUCCUGCCGCCGCAGUACGACGUCGACGCCAAAAUGGACGCCUGUAUCGAUCUCACCGUCCGCCGCUUCGUCUACUCCACCCUCGGCGGUGCCAUCGGCGGUCUUCUUUUGUUCAGGAGUCCUGUGACUCGCUGGGCUUCUGUAGCCUUUGGUGCUGGAAUGGGCAUUGGAUCUGCAUACACCGAUUGUUCUCGUUUAUUUGAGGGGUUGCCUUCAACUGCAAAGGUGGCAUCACCUAAGAUUGAUGAGACUCCUGCUACUCAGGAUGGACAGGAUUAAGGUUAUGCUAGUUAAGCUAAUACACUUUUGGGAUUCAAACCAGAGUGUUCCUUUUGAGAUUGUUGGUUGUUUCUACGCCUGCAAUGCCUUUUAAUAUGUAGUAGAAGUAUUGUUGUUGUUGGACAAAGAUCCAACGUGAUCUACUUGGGACUUUAUAUAUAUAAAAUUAUCAUCUUUUGUCUUGUAACCCUGUCAUUGAGUUGGACUUGGACUUGGAAGAGAAGGAAAACAAAUAAUCUCUUUAUGUGGCCUUAGAAAUUUCUGCAACUUA